AUGGGAAUCGAGCUGGUGUUCAUACCUUCGCCGGGCAUCGGCCAUAUCCGAUCAACGAGGGCAUUAGCAAAGCUUCUAGUAGAUAGCGACGACCGCCUCUCCGUCACUCUCAUCGUCAUCCCUUCACGAUUCGCCACCGACGCUUCUUUCUCUUACCCAGAGUCCGAGGGCCGUCUCCGCUACUGUCUCCUCCCUGCCGGAGAUCAAUCAACCGAGCAUACCUUCGUAUCUUACAUCGAGAGCCAAAAACCACACGUCAGAGCAGCCGUGUCAGAACUCGCUCGGGGUCGGCCGCUCGCUGGGAUUGUCGUGGACAUGUUUUGCAUGUCGAUGAUAGAGAUCGCCGACGAGUUUAACCUCCCGGUUUAUACCUUCUACACGUCGAGCGCUUCCUAUCUCGGGUUGCAGUUUCACGUUCAGUCACUUUUCGACGAGAAGAAACUGGACGUUAGCGAGUUGAAGGACACCGAUUCCGAGUUUGACGUUCCCACUCUGACCCGGGCUUUCCCGGCGAACUGUUUACCUUCCGUGAUGUUAAGCAAAGAUUGGUUUCCUUAUGUUGUAGGUCGAGCUAGGAGUUUUAGAGCAACAAAGGGUGUUUUGGUAAACUCGGUGGCGGAUAUGGAACCUCGGGCGUUGAAGUUCUUUUCCAGCAAGAAUAACAUUCCUCCAGUGUAUGCGGUGGGACCCAUUUUGGAUCUCAAAACUGAUGGGAACGAUUCCAACGACGAGAAACGAACCGAGAUUUUGCGGUGGCUAGAUGAGCAACCACCGAGAUCGGUUGUGUUUCUCUGCUUCGGGAGCAUGGGAGGCUUCAGUGAGAAACAAACGAGAGAAACCGCUGUGGCGCUGGAGCGAAGUGGCCACCGGUUCCUCUGGUCGUUACGUCGAGCUUCGCCGGUGGAAAAAAUGACGGCAUCUCCUCCGGAGGAUUUCACGAACUUGGAGGAGGUUCUUCCGGAGGGGUUUCUUGAUCGGACGGCUGAGGUAGGAAAGAUCAUUAGGUGGGCUCCACAAGUCGCUGUACUUAAGCAUCCUGCGGUUGGAGGGUUCGUGACGCAUUGUGGAUGGAACUCGAUCCUCGAGAGUCUUUGGUUCGGUGUUCCAACGGCGGCGUGGCCAAUCUACGCGGAACAACAGUUUAACGCGUUUCAUAUGGUGGAGGAGCUUGGUUUGGCGGCAGAGAUCCGUAAAGAUUACCGGAGAGAUAAUAUGGUUGGAGAGUCGGAGAUUGUAACGGCCGAGGAGAUUGAGAGAGGGAUUAACGGCGUGAUGGAACAGGACGGCGAGUUGCGGAAGAAGGUGAAGAAGAUGAGCCAUAAACUCCACGUGGCGUUGAUGGACGGUGGAUCUUCGAACGUUACGUUGCGUAAGUUUGUACAAGACGUGGUCGAAAAUGUUCCAUAA